GUGGCUCUCUCGUCUGCGAAAUGAAGGCUUCCCAAAAUACAUUUUUCUAGUUAUUGAACAGUAGGUCGUGUGCACAAGUUUUGACCUCGAGAUAAGAUCGUACGCAAAGUAGGUACAUUUGCUCGAAGUGAUGUGGUAGUCCUGGUUGGUUUUGUUGAGGUUUCGAAGUUGUCUGCCUUGUGCUUGUAAAGUGAUGGCUGAAGGAAUGGUUUGUGCUGUGUGUGCUGUUGUGAGCUAAAAACUACUGGAAGUGUGAUUUUCCGAAAUACCGAUUUGAAUCAAAAUGACUUCGAAAUAACUUAAGUGCCAAUUACUGAUGAUGCAGUCUAUUGUCUGGACUGGAAGGCUUAUAUCGCGCGCGCUCUGGAAUGGUUUAUCGAACUACUCCACCUGUACUGACCCGGGUGUAAAUCGAAGGCAAGAAACACGACUAGUGUCUGCCGUGUGUGGUUUUCCUAAAGAACUUGCAAAUGCUAGACUUAAGAAAGGACAGUUUGGUGACGAUGCGUGGUUUACGGCGAAGUACAAGUCUGCAGAAGUCCUUGGAGUGGCGGACGGCGUGGGCGGCUGGCGGCACUACGGCAUCGACCCCGGCCAGUUCUCGAACUUCCUGAUGCGCACCUGCGAGAGGCUGGUCAGCUGUGGCCGCUUCACCCCCACCGAGCCCGCCAGCCUGCUGGCCGGGAGCUACCGGGAGCUGCUGGAGAGCAAGCAGUCCAUCCUGGGGAGCAGCACGGCGUGCGUGGUGGUGGUGAACGCGGAGACGCGCACGGCGUACACGGCCAACAUCGGCGACAGUGGGUUCGUGGUGCUGCGCCGGGGCCGUGUGGUGCAUCGGUCGCAGGAGCAGCAGCACUACUUCAACACGCCCUUCCAGCUGUCGCUGCCGCCGCCGGCCCACAGCGGGCUGGUGCUCAGCGACAGGCCGGAGAGCGCGGACACGGCCAACUUCCAGGUGGAGCACGGGGACGUGAUCCUGCUGGCCACGGACGGGGUGUUCGACAACGUGCCGGACCACGUGCUGAUCGCGGAGCUCUCCAAGGUGCAGGGCGAGACGGACCCCGCCAAGCUGCAGGGGGCGGCCAACACCAUCGCGCUCAUGGCUCGCAGCCUGGCCUUCGACAGCAGCUUCAUGUCCCCGUUCGCCCGCAGCGCCCGCGACAACGGCAUCGACGCCGUCGGAGGAAAGCCAGACGACAUCACGGUUCUUCUCGCGACGGUGAUGCUGUGAAGUGAAGUACCUCCAAGUAUUGUAGUCUAAAGACAUUGUGUUGAUAGUUUGUCCAGCAUGACUCAGCAUCUACGCUAUUUAAUUUUUGUACGAAGUACGGCGCGGCACGCCGUCGGUGGUGCUGGCACGGUGCGCAGCAAGAGGACCGGCUCUGCAUCGCCGUCCUCAUCUUUCUAUUAACCACGGCAUAUCAGGGCUUGGAGCAUGCUAAAGUUUUCAACAUUCCACUUGUCUUGCAUCCUAGGCAAACAUUUGAGAAAUCAUUUUCGGACAUUAUUUUUAGCGUACGAUUUAACUGUGCCAUUGGUAACAGUCGUUACUCCUUAACUGCACCUGGUGUUGCUAAACUGCAUCACAUUUCAUUUAGGUGCAGCGAAUGUUGAGCCAAGAUAUGCCUAUGCCUGUGCAGUCACUCAAGUUUAGUUUCGUUGAAGCUUCCGAGGGGACGAGAGAAGCCUGUCGCAUCUGGCACUUGACUAGUCGGAUGUGAAACAGGGAAGGCCCAGUGUCGUAGCCUUUUAUAGACUGAUGAUUGUGAAGCAGAAUGUACAGUGUUGCUGAGCAAAUAAAAAUUUGUUUGCUUCGCAUUGA